UGGAAACCAAUCAAAACGACGAUCUUUUGUGCCUUGGAUACGAGUACAAAUUUGGCUUCUGCUUCCCUGUCUUCUCACUUUGUUCGUCAUUCGUUGUUGCGACGGUUCGGGGAUGAGAGCCAAAUUCAACGAUCAGAGUGACGACUUUGAUUUUACCUCCAAGGCAAUAACAACUGGAGUAGUUGAUGAGCGCGGGAAACAAGUAGGACGCUUAAAUAAAGACCCGGGACGAAAGCCUGGACAACACUGCUUACGGGUAACAAAGGCCAUUUUCACACAAGUUGGACUGCUCCUUAUCCUCCUUGGUUAUCUGGCCGGAGGUGGCUACCUAUUCCGCACUCUUGAAUUGGACAAUGAGUACUCAGAGUGCAUUCAGAAACAGGACGGCUAUCAGAAGAAGCUGAACUUCUCAGUAUCACGGACAAUUGGCAUAGUCGAAGCUCAAAUGAGUCGCCCCGUAUUGGAAUCACAGGUCCGUGAGGCACUAAUUGAUUUUGCCGAUCAGCUGUUUAUUUUGAACUUCCACCCGCAGACCAAUUGCUCGGCCAUCCUGUACACAACCAGCGGCGCAAAGUGGAGUCUGGCCAAUUCGGUUUACUUUUGUGCAACGCUCAUUUCAACUAUCGGUUACGGCAACAUCGCACCGGCUACAUUCUGGGGCAGAUUGAGUUGUAUAAUCUAUUCGGUGAUUGGAAUCCCGUUGAUGUUGAUCUAUUUGGCCAUCAUCGGAAAUGUUUUGGCUAGAGUGUUUCGUUUGGUCUACGUGAAUAUCAUUUGUUGUCGAUGUUUCUACGACAUAUUCCGUCGACGACGUCAGCGCCGUCGUGAGCGACUCCUGAAGUGGGAACAGGCACUGCGGCAACAUGAGGAAGAGGAAGCACGCAGACGAGGUCUACCAGUACCACCACCGAAAGUUCAGGCUACGGUCAUUGACGAGGAUGAUGAGCUGGAUAAUGCCGGAAUAAAUGGCGAAGUCGUUGCUGUUCCACUCAUAGUAAGCAUCAUUCUGAUGACAGGUUACACAGCCCUCGGUGGUGUCAUAUUUCCAAACUGGGAAACAUGGACCUUUAUGGAUGCUGCCUAUUUCUCUUUCAUCUCCUUGGCAACCAUUGGACUGGGUGAUUUGGUGCCAGGAAAUGGACGUCUGGGAGACCCCAAUACAAUAGUACAGUUGCUUAUCGGAGCGGUUUACAUAUUAUUUGGUUUGGCCCUGCUGUCGAUGUGUUUCAACCUGCUUCAAGAUGAACUGGUGGCGAAAAUCAAGUACCUGACGCAGUGCUGCAGUGGUGGCAAGAAUAAGGCCACAGAAGACGAAGAAGAGCAACCAGAGAUUUACACAGCGUCUGACAAUGACUUGAACAAGUUCCAGAGCAUUGGAACAGCGGACGGUGUGUACAAUGAGGCCUACUUAGACGGACCGGAAAUGUGA